CUCUAGCAUCAGUAGGUAGUAUUACAGCGCGUUAGGUUUGCCUUCCAUCCAGGCCAUGCCGGACACCGAGACUGCGGUGGUCACCACCGUCGGCUGUUCGGUCCUGGGCCUCGUUCUGGCCGGUCCCGUGGGCGCGGUGCUGGGGGGCGGCCUGGCCGUGGCGGCGCUGCAGUCGGAGCUGCGCAGCUUCUCCAAGGGCCGGUUGCAUAUCGCACAAGUCUCCCUUCCACAGGAUGGCGUCGUUCGCCACAGUGGCGUCACCUACUUCACCAUGCAUUUGGUGGACGAGCAAGGUCGUAGGUGGCAGGUGCUACGUCGCUACACUGACUUCGAUGAAUUUCACAAGGCUGUGCACAACAGGGACAUCCACGCUUACUUCCCAGGCAAGACGUGGCUUCCUUGUCACGGUCCUCAGCUGGAGGAACGACGAAGAUAUCUGGAAGCCUGGGUGCGGGAUGUCUUCCGUUGCUUCACAAGGAUUGGCAUCCCAAGCUCAUUGGAGCUUGAGUUUGAAGACUUCCUGCACCGUGGCAUGGGACAAGUCACAGGCCCAAUGGCCGCGCCCGCUGCAUCGGCACCCGCCUCGGUGGGCACGGCGGCCACGGCCGCAGCGGGCUUUCUGAUUCAAGUGCCACCAGGAGUGGUGCCUGGGCAAACGCUCACGGUGAAGAGUCCGGAUGGUACCAGCUUUCAGAUCACGGUUCCUGAGGGCUGUGCUGCGGGAUCAACUUUGCAGGUCAGCACACCCAGCCCGGCGAACCCGAGCUCCGCAGCGACCGCUUGCCCAGUGAGUGCUCCCCAGGUGGGCGGAAGCAGCUCGGGUGGGAAGAUCUUCCUCAGCAUCUCAGUGCCUCCCAAUAUCUCGGCAGGGCAAAAGAUCGCCGUGAAGGUGCCUGAUGGUCGCGAGCUCACGCUCAUGGUGCCAGCAAAUCUGCAGCACCGCGAGGACUUGCAGCUGGAGUUCGAUGUGGCCGCUGGGCAGCUGAAGCCGGUGGCAUUACCAGAGGCCUCGGAGGCGACGAGCAGUGAAGAGGUCUUCCAGAUCCAAGUGCCCUGUGGCGUCCACAGUGGGCAGAUGGUGAACAUCCAGGUGCCGGAUGGACGACAGCUGCCCCUCAUCAUACCACCAGGAAAACAACCAGGAGACGACCUGUUGCUUUGCUUGGAUGCAACAAGAAGUCGACUCCUCUUGGCCAAAAGCUGAGCCCUUGAAGGUGGACUUCCACUUCCCAUGUCCUCAGUGGGCAUUAAUCCAUGGGCUCAGAAGCAGGGUUCCUGUUGAAGAGCCAAUGCGAAGCAUCUCGGAAACCGAGAUCGUUUUGCGGCAUUCUUGCAUUCAGCGGACCUAGAGUAGUGGCAAGUAUGUACAGGCUGCAGUCCACCAUUUUGCCAAAUCAGGGAGUUGUGUGAACAAAAGUAGUGGAGGAACCACUAUCAGUCGACGUGGCUGCAGUGGGUGUAAGUGUAUUUUAAAGACGUGUCAGACCUGGAUGUGGCAGCAGUGCAUUGUUUUCUGGCUAAGUUGUUUGUGUGAUGCACAAGCUGAGACGCCAGGCUCAUUGUUCCAUUCGUUGAACCUGC